GGACCCACUCCCGGAGUACGCGAGCCACUCAUCCCCAGCCCCGAGCGCGCCCCUGACAGCCGGAUCAGAGAUGGCCCCGGACCCGAAGGAUGCACAGAACCCGGUGGUGGGCCCAGCCCCUCGCUACUUCACUUGGGACGAGGUGGCGCAGCGUUGCGGGCGCGAGGAGCGGUGGCUGGUGAUUGAGCGAAAGGUGUACAACAUCAGCGAGUUCGUCCACCGGCACCCAGGGGGCUCUCGGGUCAUCAGCCAUUACGCGGGUCAGGAUGCCACGGACCCCUUUGUGGCAUUCCACAUCAACAAGAGCCUUGUGAGUAAGUAUAUGAACUCUCUCCUGAUUGGAGAGCUAUCUCCGGAGCAGCCCAGCUUUGAGCCCACCAAAAAUAAGGAGCUGACAGAUGACUUCCGGGAGCUUCGGACCUCGGUGGAGCAGAUGGGGCUCAUGAAGGCCAACCAUACUUUCUUCCUGCUAUGUCUGCUGCACAUCUUGCUGAUCGAUGUUGCUGCCUGGCUCACUCUUUGGUUCUUUGGAACGUCCUUUUUGCCUUUCCUUCUCUGUGCAGUGCUCCUCAGUGUGGCGCAGGUCCAGGCUGGCUGGCUGCAGCAUGACUUUGGACAUCUGUCUGUCUUCAGCACUUCUACUUGGAACCAUCUAUUACAUUAUUUUACUAUUGGCCACAUGAAGGGGGCUCCUGCCAGCUGGUGGAACCACAUGCACUUUCAGCACCACGCCAAACCCAACUGCUUCCGCAAAGACCCAGACGUCAACAUGCAUCCCUUCUUGUUUGCCUUGGGGAAGGUCCUCUCUGUGGAGCUUGGGAAACAGAAGAAGAAGUACAUGCCGUACAACCACCAACACAAGUACUUCUUUCUGAUUGGGCCCCCAGCUUUGCUGCCUCUCUACUUCCAGUGGUAUAUUUUCUAUUUUAUUGUCAAGCGGAAGAAAUGGGUGGACUUCGCCUGGAUGAUCACCUUCUACAUCCGCUUCGCCCUCACUUACGGGCCACUGUUGGGGCUGAAAGGCUUGCUGGGCCUCUUCUUUGUGGUCAGGUUCCUGGAAAGCAACUGGUUUGUGUGGGUGACUCAGAUGAACCACAUCCCUAUGCACAUUGACCAUGACCGGAACAGGGACUGGGUCUCCACCCAGCUCCAGGCAACGUGCAACGUCCACAAGUCAUUCUUCAACGAUUGGUUCAGCGGCCAUCUCAACUUCCAGAUAGAGCACCACCUUUUCCCCAGGAUGCCGCGACACAAUUACCACAAAGUGGCCCCCCUGGUGCGGUCCCUGUGCGCCAAGCAUGGCAUACCCUACCAGUCCAAGCCUCUGCUCUCAGCCUUGGCUGACAUUGUCCACUCACUGAAGGAGUCGGGGCAGCUCUGGCUAGAUGCUUAUCUUCACCAAUAA